AUGAAGAUCAAGCAUGCAAUCCUUCCAGGCAGAGAUCCAACCUCACGAUGGGACGUCGAGUUUGAAUGCAACACCAUCACACGCAUACAACCGGCGGCAGCGCCGGCUGAUUGUUCGAGAAACCCGUCGCCGUCCCCGUUGCUUCUGCCGCCUCUGUGCCACCCACACAUCCAUCUGGACAAGGCAUAUCUACUGACGUGCAACCACCACCACCACCCCCACCAUCAUCCGUCAAGUGAAGCGGACAAGCACCCGGACUACUCGGACCUGACGCCCCAAGACGGCUCAUUCGCCGAAGCCCUCAGGUUCACGUCCUUGGCCAAGCAGCGCUACACGGACGAGGACCUCUACCUGCGCGGCGCGCAGCUGCUGGCCACGUCCCUCUCGCAGGGCGUCACGGCCUGUCGGGCCUUUGUCGAAACCGACCAUGUCACGCGCCAAUCGUGCCUGCACGCGGCGAUCAGGCUGAAGGAAUGUUUCAGAGGGAAGAUGAGGCUGCAGAUCUGUGCGUUCGCACAGGAUCCCCUCUUCAGCACGGAGCAUGGCACAGAGAACAUGCGGGUCUUGCAGCACGCGCUGCGUGACUUCGGUGAGCAUGUCGAAGUGCUGGGCACGACGCCGUACGUGGAGAACUCCACAGAGGCGGCGCUGCGGAACAUCGAAUGGGCCAUCGAGACGGCGUUGGCGUAUUCUCUCCAUCUCGACUUUCAUCUGGACUAUAACCUUGAUGGGUCACGGGAGGCGAUGGUCUGGGACGUGCUCCGUCUGCUUAGGGAGAAGGGGUGGACUGAGCGAGCCAAGCCGGGGAAGACGGUCGUCCUAGGACACUGCACGCGGUUGACACUGUUUAGUGACGGUGAGAUGGCGAGACUGGCGGGGGAAAUCAAAGACUCCAGCCUGCCGGUUCAUUUCGUGGGGUUGCCCACCUCGGAUCUGUUCAUGAUGGGCCGGCCUGCGGGCGCGGCAGGUGAGUCGACGUCCGCGGACCGGCCACGCGGGACGCUGCAAGUCGUCGACAUGAUCAAGAAGCAUGGCAUCAAUGCGUGUCUCUGUGUGAAUAAUGUGGGCAAUGCAUUCACGCCGUGGGGGACGGGGGAUCCACUUGCUCUGGCCUCAUUGGGCGUGGGGCUGUAUCAGGCUGGCACGGAUGAGGAUGCUAACCUCCUAUUCGAGUGUGUGAGCUCGAGAGCCAGGCGGGCAAUGGGCUUGGGCCCCGCGAGCGCGCUUGAGGCUGGGCUACCAAGUCAGGAACCAAGGCCGGACCAGGACCAGGAGGAUACCACGGAACUCCAGGAAGGUCGGAGGGGCGAACUUCUGCUGAUCAAGAACAAAGAGUACGUGGCUUGUCCGGGGCAUUUGGGCGUCAAGAUCCCGGCGAGGCAGCAGGUUUGUGUCAGGGAUGUGGUUUGGGAGCCGCCAGAGGUCAACCUUCGUCAGAUCCUGAGGUGUGGUUGA